CGGGGAACGCAGUUGCUUGGUAACCGACGCACCGACUCCAUGUUUGCUCCUAGCAGGUUCGAAGAGAAAGAUCUCCGAAGUUAAGAAGAUUUCUUUUGGUAGUUCAGGUUUACUCCGUUGAAGAAGGAUACAUAUAAAUCUCAGGAUGAUAAAGGGCCAGUGUAAGCAUCAGGAGCACUUCAAGAAGGUAAAACGAAAGCCAAAGGAGGACGAGACUGUUGCGUUCACCGCAAAAGGCAGUGUACACUACAAACUACAGAAACCGAUUCAAGGACCUCCACCAGCAGGGGCUUUCAAGGCUCGAGAAAGUGCACCCACAAGCUUCAGGAAAUUCUAUGAACGUGGAGAUUUCCCAAUUGCACUUGAGCAUGACACCAAGGGAAACAAAAUUGCAUGGAAGGUGGAGAUUGAGAAGCUUGACUAUCAUCACUAUCUUCCUCUUUUCUUUGAUGGCCUUUGUGAAACAGAGCAUCCUUGGGAGUUCUUUGCUCGUCAGGGGGUGCAUGAUAUGUUGGAGCAUGGUGGUUCAAAAAUUUUGCCUGUAAUUCCCCAACUUAUAAUCCCUAUCAAAAGUGCCCUUGCCAUGAGGAACCACAAGGUAUUGUGUGUUACACUCAAGAUUCUGCAGCAUUUGGUGGUUUCAGCAGAAAUGGUGGGUGAGGCCCUUGUGCCUUACUACCGCCAACUCCUUCCAGUCUGCAACAUGUUUAAAAGCAAAAACAAAAACUGUGGUGAUGGGAUUGACUACAGCCAACAGAAACGUGAAAAUGUUGGUGACUUGAUUCAAGAAACGUUGGAAUGCUUUGAAAAACAUGGCGGUGAUGAUGCCUUCAUCAACAUCAAGUAUAUGGUUCCCACAUACGAAUCUUGCAUGCUCAAUUGAGGUCAAAGAGACAACAUACUAGCAAUUCAUUUUAUGCCUCUGGGUUUUUUUUUCUUUCUCACCAAAACGUUCUGUCCUUGAAAUAUUUGAGUCUGUCAUUCAGGCGGUUCUUUUUCAAAGAUUGUAGAGGUGAUAUAAAGCUUGAAACUGGGUGCAGAGCAAUAAAUGCACAAAGCAGCUUUGUGAAUCCUGUCAGUGCUAGAUUGGGCCUAUAUCUUGAGAGACCACUAAUUGUUAUGACUGGCAAUAAGAGGCAACUCACACUCAGUUUAUCAGCUGUGGUUUUUAUUUCUUUCCUGUUUAUCUGCCCUUGCUACUUUUGAUGACAACUAUUACAAGAAGCAGACAAGAAAAAAAAAAAAAAAGGCAAAUGUGAAAAACGAGUAUUUUGUUGAUAUGAAGUCUUUAUCAUUCUUUUUGAGGUCGUAAUAUCUUUACACAAAGUUGUAAUUAUUAUUAUGUACUGCAGACCAUAACUUUACACGGGUGAGGUCAGUGAAAUAUCCCGAAUCUUGUGAUAAUAAAUAUUUUAUAUGGGGUUUCAAAUGUAUACUGUUUUAUAAAAUGUUAUUGUGCAUCUGACAUCUUUUUAUCUGUGUAACAGACAUUCAUGACCAAAAGCACCUUGCUGCUUGAACUAUCCAGGAAACUUUAGAGCAGAAAUGGCAUAAAUUAAUGUGAGGAUCCCUAACAUUUGUUUGCAGAUAGGUGCAUCUAGUAAAUAUGUGUAUAGAGUGAUGUCUUUAUCUGCAUAUUGCAAAAGGUGAAUCUGUAUAUGUAUCUACAAAUCAAUUUAGAUACGGCUAAUGCUAAAUGGCAUUUACAAAUACCUGGACCAGAGCAACUCUUCUAUCCACAUGUGCAUUGAUAUAAUGGAUAUAAUAUACACACAAAUCCACAAAGGUUUCUUUCCCUUUGUCCUCUGCAACUCUUUCAUUUUGACAUUUUGCUCUAGCAAUAAUGUAAAUUUCACAACAAAUUUUUUCAGUCAGCAGUGUUUAAAACUUUCUACUUUAGGUAAAAUGAUUUUAGAAAGUAUGGCUAGAGCAAACCAUAAUUCUUGAUAGUAAUUCUGUUUAUUAAACAUCUUAUUAAGAUUGAAAUAAAGAUAACUAUAUUCUUAAGCAUCAGUUACAUUUUAAAAUUAAAGUUAUCUUUAAUAUUGAUACUAUUUAUAUGAUCUUUAUCCUCACAGGCUGACAUAUUGUUUUUGCUAAGGUUUAUUUAACAACAAAGAUCAAGUGAAAGGUUGAUUGACACUAAUAAGUGCCAUCAGUACCAGUUGGCUGUGUAAAUAUAUUACUUUGCAGAAUUAAAGGCCUUGCAUUGCCA